UGUAUACCAACGCCAUCGAGAUCACGCAACAUCAAAACGGCAAAAACUUUGUUGAAAACGAACGCUGGUGGAGGGAUUUAUCUUGUGGUGGUAUAACUAGAGAAACAUGACAAAGUUAACACUUGCCGUAGUGUGUUUGAUAUCUCUCGCGGCAACAGCAAUGGCGAUCAGAUGCAGACUUUGUUGGCCUGCCAUGGAUAGAGAGGAAUGUCGCCGAAAUGAAAAAUACAGGAACUGCGACGAAUUUAAAGAUAUCUACGUUGACUCCUGCAUCGAGGUUAACUAUCACGGCAAUCACACCAUGGUUCGGGGCUGCUACAGCGGGUGGCAGUGUGCAGGUGCGCGCGAGGAAUGCCGAAGGCGAGGCCCAUGUGAGGUCAAAUGCUGCCAGAAGAACUUUUGUAACACAGCGGGAAAGAUAUCACUCUCCACCCUUCUGAUCGCCACCAUUGCUGCUGCAACCACUGCUUUCGUCAACUGGAAAUAGGCAUCCGUGUGUCCGUCCAACAAUCGGUCUGUUUAUCUAUCUGUCCGUCCGUCUAUACGGCUUCAGGCGCCUGCCUUUCUGUUUUUUUAGUCUUCUUUAUCUGACUGUUCGUGCGAGCUUCUGCCCGUGGACAAGCGGAAACAAGUAUACAACUUGACUACAAAAAUCAUCGCGUUCUCUAGUUUAAACCAUGUAUUACGGUAGUGUGUGCGAUAGUGUUUAAAAAAAAACUAGCUCUAUUCUAAUUGUGUAUGUAACAUGAAUACAAUCAUUUACAGCUUUUUUGUAUCCUAUUAAAAAUUUUUUUAUAAAGCACAGUUUUGAGAACAGGCUCUGAAGAAAGUUCUCACAAGGAAGCAAGUGCAAGCGAGAACCAAUCAUACACAAGUAAAAAGCGCAAUAAUUGGAAAACGGUAAAAAGGCACAACACAAGAGAAUCGGUCAAACACAAGCACAACACAAGAGAGAAUCGGUCAAACACAAGCACAAUACAAGUGAGAAUCGGUCAAACACAAGCACAUCACAAGAGAGAAUCGGUCAACACGAGCGCAACACAAGUAAAAAUCGGCGAAACACAAGCGAAACAAAACAAGUGAUUUUCGGUCAAACACAAGCGCGCGAGAAUCGGUUAAAACAUUCGAAACACAAGUGAGUAUCGGUCAAACACAAGCGCAGCACAGGUGAGAAUCGGUCGAACUCGAACCGCAAGAAAAUCAAUCUGUUGCCUAACUGAUUCAUAAAAACGCUCUAGGGAAAUCGACAAAACACACGCUACCUAAAAAGCGGCAUGCCGCAUAAUAUACUCACAAUGCCUUUACACAAACGAGAGCUUUUAUACAGCCGGGCUAGUUAGCCAAAGAGUAGAAUUUGUGGAUAUCACGUGGGGGAAGGGUCCCCCCCAGCUACGCGCCUCUCCGUGUCUAAUUUAAGAAAACAACAACAACAAAUGUUUAUAAGAAUUCACUUGUUUACUUAUUUAUCCAUUAUUCUAUGUAUUCAUUCAUUUAUCCUCCCUACCCUGUACAUUCCUUAUGUACUUAAUAAAAAAAUAUUGACCCAA